ACUUGCCGCACCAGUCGCAGUCGUCCGUUCGCGGUCCAGAAGCAGCCGGGGAGGGAACAGGAGAGCGACCGAGGGGCCAACGGGGGGCCAGUCGGGCGACUGUUGGCGACCCGCAUAUGCCCCUCGGGCUCCCCGGCGACGCGAUGUGUAUAAAGCCUGACCAUUCUGGCGUGUCUCAUCUUCUCCCCAACCUCUCCUCAAGCAUCCUCUACCACUACCAUGGCCGACGAAAAGGAGUUUAAGCAGACCGACGCUCAGCUCGAGUACCAGCACCACGAUGGUACCUACCGCAAACAGAACAACAUUGUUGAGAACCCCCUGCUCCGUUACACCGACGAGCAGGUGAUCCAGGGCGCCGAGCUCUUCACCAAGGACAAGGGGCUGGACGAGUACCGCGACCUGUUCGCCAACGCUGCGCUCGUCGCGCGUGACCCCGAUGGAUUCAACCACAUCCCGUCGCUGAGCGCCGACGAGCGCCAGGCGCUCCAGCACGAGAUGGACCACAAGUGGUCGCAGCCCAAGAUGCUCUACUUUGCCAUGCUGCUGUGUGCGAUCGGUGCCGCCACGCAGGGCUGGGACCAGACGGGCUCGAACGGCGCCAACCUGUCCUUCCCGGCCGAGUUCAAGAUCAACACGCCGCACAACGAGCCCGGAGGCCCGCGCGACGAGUGGAUCCUUGGUCUCAUCAACUCGGCACCAUACCUCUCUGGCGGCCUGAUCGGCGUCUGGCUCUCGGACCCGCUCAACCACCUCCUCGGCCGCCGUGGCGAAAUCUUCGUCACGGCCAUCUGUCUCGUCGCUACCCCCAUCGCUGCCGCCUUCACCAAGAACUGGGGCUCGAUGCUCGCUGUCCGUCUCGUCAUGGGUCUUGGUCUCGGCGCCAAGGCCGCCACUGUCCCCGUCUACUCUGCCGAGAUGGCCCCUGCCCGCAUCCGCGGCGCGCUCACCAUGGGCUGGCAGCUCUGGGUCUGCUUCGGUAUCUUCCUCGGCUUCGCCGCCAACUGUGUGGUCAUGAACACUGGCAGGAUCGCCUGGCGUCUCCAGAUCGGCUCGGCCUUCAUCCCCGCCCUCCCGCUUGCCCUCUUCAUCUUCCUCAUCCCCGAGUCCCCCCGCUGGCUCAUGAAGAAGAACCGCUACCCCGAGGCCUUCAAGUCGUACCUCAAGAUCCGCUCGGCCCCCAUCAUCGCCGCCCGUGACCUCUACUACUCGCACGUCCUCUACGAGGAGGAGAAGGCGCUCGCCGAGGGCUCGACCUACAUCUCGCGUCUGCUCGACUGCUUCCGCAUCCCUCGUAUCCGCCGCGCUACCCUCGCCGCCGGCACCGUCAUGCUCGCGCAGCAGAUGUGCGGUAUCAACAUUAUCGCCUUCUACUCGUCGACCGUCUUCCACGAGUCGGGCUUCAGCGAGCGCCAGGCGCUCUACGCCUCGCUCGGCUUUGGCGCGCUCAACUUUGCCUUUGCCAUCCCCGCCGUCUUCACCAUCGACACGUUUGGCCGCCGCGCUCUCCUCCUCGCCACCUUCCCCGGCAUGUGCAUCUCGGUCCUCAUCACCGGCCUCAUGUUCCUCCUGCCCCAGUACUCGCACGCCCCGGCCGCCGACGGCACUGGCGGUGUCUUCUCGACGACGCGUCUCGCCCUCAUCGCGCUGUUUAUCUACAUCUUCACCAUCUUCUACUCGGUCGGCGAGGGACCCGUGUGCUUCCUGUACGGCGCCGAGGUCUUCCCCACCAUCCAGCGUGAGCAGGGCAUGGCCUUCUCGGUCAUGAUCAACCUCUUCUUCGCCGCCAUCCUCGGCAUGACCUUCCCCCCCAUGCUCCGUACCAUGGGCAACGUGGGCGCCUUCUGCUUCUACGCCGGCUUGAACCUCAUCGCGUUCAUCAUGAUCUUCCUCUGGGUGCCCGAGACCAAGGCGCUCACCCUCGAGGAGCUCGACCAGGUCUUCUCGGUCCCCACCAAGUCGUACAUCAACUACCAGAUCCAGCACACCCUGUUCCGCAGGAACAUUCCCCCUCCCCGCCCCGUCGACAACUAGGUGUGGUGUGUUUUAGCGGUCGAGUAGAGAAGGAAGAGUUUGAUAUAGGAAGUGUAGUAAUGCAGUGGUUGUUCGUGC